CACUGGAGGCGCAAGAUGGCGACGGCGGCCGCAGCAUCGGCUUCGGAAGCGGAGGCUGAGCCCAAGGCCGGGCCCAAGGCCGAGGGUGAGGAGGUUGAAGCUAAGGAGGCUAGGACGAGGAGGAAGGUGUUAUCGCGGGCCGUGGCCACCGCGACGUACAAGACGGUGGGGCCGGAGUGGGACCAGCAGGAGGAAGGCGUGAGUGAGAGCGAUGGAGAUGAGGAGUACGCCAUGGCUUCCUCGGCCGAGAGCUCCCCGGGGGAGUACGAGUGGGAGUACGACGAAGAGGAGAAGAACCAGCUGGAGAUCGAGCGGCUGGAGGAGCAGCUGUCUAUCAACGUCUAUGACUACAACUGCCACGUGGACCUGAUCCGGCUGCUUCGGUUGGAAGGGGAGCUUACCAAAGUGAGGAUGGCCCGCCAGAAGAUGAGCGAGAUCUUUCCUUUGACCGAAGAGCUCUGGCUGGAGUGGCUGCAUGACGAGAUCAGCAUGGCCCUGGACGGCCUGGACAGAGAGCACGUGUAUGACCUCUUCGAGAAAGCGGUGAAGGAUUACAUCUGUCCUAACAUUUGGCUAGAGUACGGCCAGUACUCAGUCGGCGGGAUUGGUCAGAAAGGUGGCCUUGAUAAAGUCCGCUCUGUGUUCGAAAGGGCCCUCUCGUCCGUCGGGUUACACAUGACCAAGGGACUCGCCAUCUGGGAGGCUUAUCGGGAGUUCGAAAGUGCCAUCGUGGAAGCUGCCCGGCCCAUAGCUGGCUUCCUUUCCCCUUUUGACCGGGAACAAACCUUUGAUUCACAGCUGGAGAAAGUCCACAGUCUCUUCCGGCGACAGUUGGCGAUCCCACUCUACGAUAUGGAGGCAACGUUUGCAGAGUAUGAAGAAUGGUCAGAAGACCCCAUACCAGAGUCAGUAAUUCAGAACUAUAACAAAGCACUACAGCAGUUGGAGAAAUACAAACCCUAUGAAGAAGCACUGUUGCAAGCCGAAGCGCCCAGGCUGGCUGAAUAUCAAGCAUACAUCGAUUUUGAGAUGAAAAUUGGAGACCCCGCCCGCAUUCAGUUGAUCUUUGAGCGCGCUCUGGUCGAGAACUGCCUUGUCCCAGACUUGUGGAUCCGUUACAGUCAGUACCUAGAUCGGCAGCUGAAAGUAAAGGAUUUGGUUUUAUCUGUACACAGUCGCGCUGUUAGAAACUGCCCGUGGACAGUUGCCCUGUGGAGUCGGUACCUCUUGGCCAUGGAAAGACAUGGAGUUGAUCAUCGAGUGAUUUCGGUGACCUUCGAGAAAGCUCUGAGUGCUGGCUUCAUUCAGGCCACUGAUUAUGUGGAGAUCUGGCAGGCGUACCUUGAUUACCUGAGGAGAAGGGUCGAUUUCAAACAAGACUCCAGUAAAGAGCUGGAGGAGCUGCGGUCUGCGUUCGCCCGCGCCUUGGAGUACCUGAAGCAGGAGGUGGAGGAGCGUUUCAGUGAGAGUGGAGAUCCAAGCUGCCUGAUCAUGCAGAACUGGGCUCGGAUUGAGGCUCGACUGUGCAAUAACAUGCAGAAAGCCCGGGAGCUCUGGGACAGCAUCAUGACCAAAGGGAACGCCAAGUAUGCCAACAUGUGGCUUGAGUAUUACAACCUGGAAAGGGCCCACGGUGACACUCAGCACUGCAGGAAGGCUCUGCACCGGGCUGUCCAGUGCACCAGCGACUACCCGGAACACGUCUGUGAGGUGUUGCUCACCAUGGAGAGGACAGAAGGUACUUUAGAAGAUUGGGAUAUAGCCGUUCAGAAAACCGAAACUCGACUGGCUCGCGUUAAUGAGCAGAGAAUUAAGGCUGCGGAGAAGGAAGCAGCCCUCGCCCAGCAAGAGGAAGAAAAGGUUGAACAACGGAAGAGGGCCCGGGCAGAGAAGAAAGCGUUGAAAAAGAAGAAGAAGACCAGAGGCUCGGACAAGAGCAAAGCUGAUGAGGAUGAUGAGAAAGAGUGGGGCGACGAUGAGGAAGAGCAGCCUUCCAAGCGCAGGAGGGUGGAGAACAGCGUUCCUCCCGCUGGGGAGGCUGAGCCGGGCCCAGAAGCCCGCCCGGGCCUCUGUGGGGGCAGCGCCCCUGUGGCCGCGGAGCCCCCCUCCGAGCAGCAGGAGCAGCGGGCGGCCGCCCGAAGGAGGGAUGUGCCCAGGGUGCCGCACGACAGCAGCAAGGACGGCGUCACCGUCUUCGUCAGCAACCUGCCCUACGGCCUGCGGGAGCCUGCCGCCACGCUCCGGCCGCUCUUCGAGGCCUGCGGGGACGUGGUCGAGGUCCGCCCCAUCUUCAGCAACCGCGGCGACUUCCGGGGCUACUGCUACGUGGAGUUUAAAGAGGAGGCGGUGGCCCUGCGGGCCCUGGAGCUGGAUCGGCAGACCGUUGAGGGGCGGCCAAUGUUUGUCUCCCCCUGUGUGGACAAGAGCAAAAACCCAGACUUCAAGGUGUUCAGGUACAGCACUGCCCUGGAGAAACACAAGCUGUUCGUCUCGGGCCUGCCAUUCUCUUGCACGAAAGAGGAACUAGAAGAGAUCUGCAAGGCCCAUGGCACUGUGAAGGACAUCCGGCUGGUCACCAACCGGGCCGGCAAACCCAAGGGCCUGGCCUACGUGGAGUACGAAAACGAAUCCCAGGCAUCUCAGGCCGUCCUGAAGAUGGACGGCAUGACUAUCAAAGAGAACGUCAUCAAAGUGGCCAUCAGCAACCCGCCUCAGAGGAAGGCUCCAGAAAAGCCAGAGGCAAGGAAAGCCCCGGGGGGCGCCAUGGUGCCGCGGCAGAUCUACGGAGCGCGGGGGAAGGGGAGGACCCAGCUCUCUCUGCUGCCCCGUGCCCUGCAACGCCCAAGCGCCACCGCGGCCCAGGCUGAGAACGGCCCUGCCCCGCCGCCGGCGGCCACCGAGGUACCCAAGAUGUCCAAUGCCGACUUUGCCAAGUUGCUUCUGAGAAAGUGAGUGGGACUGUGCGAGAAGGGAAAUGCCUUACUUGAUGCUGGCCGGGAAGACGCCCGGUGGCCCAGCUGCGCCCUGGCUGUGCAGGACCCGGUGCAGCGCCCGUGGCCACACGCUUGCUCUGGUUUAGGUAGGACGGGAAAAGGGUGUCCAAGGAAAGAGGCUUUAAGUGCUCCCUCAUAUUGAGGGCGAGAGGACGAAAAUGGUCACUCCACAGGCUGGGCGCAGGGUGCGGUUUCCUAAGAUGUGUCUUAAAGAGUGAGAAACAGAAGUGAAACGUGAAUACACCGUUUUGAGACCCCCUUGUCCAAAUAUUUUUGGCCACCUCUGGUCCCCUUUUUAUAAGACACUUCUCUUACACCCUGCACAGCACAUGUGCCCGUCACUCUUUUUAAAAGACAAAAUGGCAGAUGUUAGUAAUUCACCAGAAUGGCCUAUUUUAGUAAAGGGGUGGGGGCAAGGGGCACAUAAAAAACAUCUGAUGGGCUUUUGUUCACAGGGGGCUGUGCGUUUUUAUAUUACGUAUUUGUAAAUGACACGUCAACCCACUGUUUUGUUUCCUAAAAGCAAAAUACUUGUGACAUUUGUUUUGUAUAGGAAUUCUGUGCGCCAUCUGCUAUGGACGUUUUUCUUUGCCUAGUGACUAGUGAACUGUGUUCUUUGUCUAAAUGUUGAGUUUCAGCCCUUUGGUUUUGUUUAAAUAGCAUUGUCAAGUGCAAACUUAAAUUCUCCCCAUUUAGCUUUGUUUAUUAAACUGAAGUUCUCUUAAAAACUUCUUGUCAAAAGGUACCCAGAUGUGCAUUCAAAUAUGUAUUUUGAAAUGGGUGUACCUUGGUUUACCUAAUGGGUGUGUAAAUAGAACUUUUGUAAGUCAAAUCCGCUUGGCACUUUGAUUUAAACCAUUUCUGCUGUGAUAUCUUUGGUUUUAAACUUCAGUUUAGAGCAGUUUGGCGCUUACAGCUUUCAAGCUUUUUUACCCACAUCUUUUAUCCAGUAUUUAUUGCUUUGAAAGUGACAUUGGCAGUUCAGUAGGGAAACUGACUUUAUAGCAGUUCAGUGGGGAAACUGACUUUAUAAAGGCACUCUGGGGAAAAAAAUCGGAAUUCUUUCCUAUGUCAUGAAAAUCAGCUCAUUUAUCUAUUUCUAAAGGUUUUAUGCAUCAUUCAGGCUUUCCUAUAUUUUUUAACUUAACAUUUUUAAUGGACAAUUUGAAACAGAUAAGUAGAAUAGUAAACUAAGCCCCGUGUGCUUGUCAUCGAGCUUCAGUAUUGCUCAGCUCGUAGCCCGUCUUCAUCUCCACCUCCUGCCCCUCUUGUAUCCCCUGUGUUCUGGAGGGAUAUCCCAGACAUCAUUAGUGCUAACCCAAUAACACUGUAGCAUGUAUUUCUAAGGACUUAAAGGCCGUGGUUUUAUCAUUUCUAGAAACAUUAGCAGUAAUACCUUAAUGUUAUCAACCAUCCAGGCAAAUCUCCAAUUCCCUGUUUGUUGUUUUGUAAAUAAGUUUUUUAGUUGAUAGGUUCUCUGUACCUCAUCUUUAUCUUCUGCACAGAACGUUUGUUGUUAGGUGUUUUUGAAUUCAAGCAGCGGCUGUGAAGCAGUCAGAAGAAACUGUGUUCUCUGGGAUGGCCGGCCAUCCACUUCCCUGCAGAGAGGCCCAUUCCGUGGGUGAGAGGAUGUGGGUCAGUCGGGGGACCAAGGGGCCAUGGACCUUUCCUUAGCAAUCCAGGUCAUGUGGUGCUAAACGGUUUUGUUCUCCUGCUGUUGCCAGUCCUCUGACCUUACUUCACCCUCUCAAAUGUCCACAGGGGCUUGUUACAGAGGUGGACCUUUCAGACUCGAACAGGACCCGAUUUAGGUGCAGGGUGUUGACUGUUGUAGAAAUAGAUUUUCAGGAACCUAGGAGUGGGUUUAUGUAGUCCUGGGGGGAAAAAAACUGAUUGUAAAUAGAUACAUGAAAAACCA